AUGUCUCUCGCAGCUCAGGGGCCCAGAUUGGCCACCUCGGCCAGCACUCACCCUUUUGAUCCCAUUAAGCCCCAGGAGAUACGCUUGGCUGCGCGUGUCCUGGAAGCCGCCUUCCCCGGUGUCAAGCUUCGAUACAAUCGAAUUGAUAUCCACGAGCCCAUCAAGAAAGAUGUUGUUCCAUAUAUCGAGGCUGAGAGGCUAAGGAAGCCCCUCCCCCCUAAGCCGGCUCGUCUCUUAUACUCUUAUUUCCAUCGCCUCGAUACCGGUGCGUGCUGCAAGGCGUUGGUGAACGCUAACACAGCAUCGGUCGUCUCCAUCAAAGUGUUACCGGAGGGAGUACAACCCCCAGUGGAUAUUGACGAACUGGUCGUUAUCGAAGAAGUUUGCAUGAAGCACCCAGCUGUGCAGGCAGAAAUUGAGAAGCUCAAGCUACCACCCGGCAUGACAGUCUGCAAUGAUCCGUGGAUGUACGGCACUGAGAGCCUAAGCGAGUCGAGACGGAUGUUCCAAUGCUUCAUGUACAUGGUGGCUGUGGACCACCCCGAAAAUAACCACUACUCCUUGCCUUGCAAGUUCUCCCCGGUGUUUGACGCGUUUACACAUGAGUUGAUCCGUAUGGAUUAUCUGCCGGGUGGUGCAGAUGCUCAGACAGCUGAAACCCAGCCCUGGAAGCCCGUCAAGGCAGUCCAAUAUGCCCAUGACCUGCAAGACGAGCCAAUUCGGAGAGACCUCAAGCCAUACAUUGUGCAGCAGCCGGAGGGACCCUCUUUUUCUGUGGAUGGCAAUUUCGUCUACUGGCAGAAGUGGCGCUUUAGGGUGGGCUUUAACAACCGGGAGGGCAUGGUCCUUUACAACGUCACCUACGAUAACCGCAGUGUCUUCUACCGCCUCGCAGUCUCAGAGAUGACGGUCCCUUACGGAGAUCCUCGUGCUCCGUACCACCGCAAGCAGGCUUUCGACGUUGGCGAUGUCGGGUUUGGUCUCAAUGCCAACCAGCUAACGUUGGGAUGUGACUGCCUGGGCCAUAUCAAGUACUUUGACGGCUAUCGGGCUGACUGCAAAGGGAACCCGGUUCUGCUGAAGAAUAUCAUCUGCAUGCAUGAACAAGACAAUGGCUUGCAACACAAGCACACCAACUACAGAUCAGGCGCAGCUACGGUAGUUCGCAAUCGCCAGCUUGUCCUUCAAAUGAUUUGCACCGUGGCAAACUACGAGUACAUUUUCGCCUACAUCUUCGACCAGGCGGCGAAUGUUGAACUUGAAGUGCGCGCCACUGGAAUCUUGUCGACGGUACCUUUCGAUAACGAGAACGGUGAGACUGUCAAAUGGGGCACUAAUGUGGGCCCGGGUGUGAUGGCUCCUUACCACCAGCACAUGUUCUCCCUGCGGAUCGACCCGGCUCUUGAUGGAUUCAACAACACGGUCUACUACGAGGAGAGUGUCCCCCUUCCCGAGGAUGAAAAGAACCCUUGGCUAGUGGGUUAUACCACCGAGCAGACUGUCAUGAGCAAGGCAGGCUCAGCCGACAUCGACAUCAGCCGCAACCGGGUUUUCAAGAUCCGUAAUGACAAUGUUAUCAACCCCAUCACAUACAAGCCCAUUGCCUACAAACUUCACGCGGCACCCAGUCAAAUGCUCUUGCAGAGCAGCAAGGCCAUCGGGUAUGGUCGGGCUGAGUUCGCCACCAAGCCAAUCUGGGUGACAAGAUACCAGGAUGAUGAAUUAUACGCAGCUGGCGAGUUUACCAACCAGAGCCGACGCGCAUAUGGUGUUGAGACCUGGGCUCAGAGGAAUGACCCUACCGAGAACGAAGAUGUGGUUCUCUGGCACACAUUUGGCCUAACCCACAAUCCUCGCGCCGAGGACUUCCCCGUCAUGCCUAUGGAGCGCAUCAGCGUGAUGCUGCGUCCUGACGGCUUCUUCACCAAGAACCCUGCCGUGGAUGUGCCUCAAUCUUCACAGAGCUUCAACAAAUCUACCCUCCACCCGGAGCCUGCUGCUGCACCCUCAUGCUGCUCUGGGUCAGGGGGCAGCAAGGCUAAGCUUUAUAAGCGCUUGGAUUAG